UGGGGCGGAGCCCGGGCCGAGCGAGACGGGGACGCCACCGGCGGGGCUCCGGGCCGGCGAGACGGCGCUCCCAGCUCUUGCGCUAUGGGACGGCUGGUGGCUCUGAGUCUGCUGGGAAUAGCGCUGGCGCUCCUAGGGGAGAGGUUCUUGGCGCUCAGAAAUCGACUUAAAGCCUCCAGUCAAGUACAAUCUGUAGACCUUCCAAACUGCCACCUGAUUAAAGGAAUUGAAGCUGGCUCUGAAGAUAUUGACAUACUUCCCAAUGGUCUGGCUUUCCUUAGUGUGGGACUAAAGUGUCAAGGACUCCACAGCUUUGCACCAGAUAAGCCUGGAGGAAUACUAAUGAUGGAUCUAGAAGAGGAAAAACCUAGGGCACUGGAGUUAAGAAUCAGCCGUGGGUUUGAUUUGGCUUCAUUUAAUCCACAUGGUAUCAGCACUUUUAUAGACAAUGAUGACAUAGUUUAUCUCUUUGUUGUAAACCACCCGGAAUUCAAGAAUACAGUGGAAAGUUUUAAAUUUAUAGAGGAAGAAAAUUCUCUUUUGCAUCUAAAAACAAUCAAACAUGAGCUUCUUUCAAGUGUGAAUGAUAUUGUAGCUGUUGGACCCACACAUUUCUAUGCCACCAAUGACCACUAUUUCUCUGAUACUUUCUUAAAGUAUUUGGAAACAUACUUGAACUUACACUGGACAAAUGUUGUUUACUACAGUCCAAAUGAAGUUAAAAUAGUAGCAGAAGGUUUUGAUUCAGCAAAUGGGAUCAAUAUGUCACCUGAUGAGAAGUACAUCUAUGUUGCUGAUACACUGGCUCAUGAAAUUCAUGUUUUUGAAAAACACCCUAAUAUGAAUUUAACUCAAUUGAAGGUACUCAAUUUGGAUACACUGGUGAAUAAUUUAUCUAUUGACCCUUCAUCGGGGGACAUCUGGGCAGGCUGUCAUACUGAUGGCCAGAAGCUCUUCGUAUAUGACCCGAACAAUCCUCCCUCAUCAGAGGUUCUCCGCAUCCAGAACGUUCUAUCUGAGAAGCCCACAGUGACUACAGUUUAUGCCAAUAACGGAUCUGUUCUCCAGGGAAGUUCUGUGGCCUCGGUUUAUGAUGGGAAGCUGCUCAUUGGCACCUUAUACCACAGAGCCCUGUACUGUGAACUCUAAAUUGUGUUUUUGAUGUACAAGUGGGACAAAUUCAGUUAACAAUUAAUUUUCUAUAAAUUGCUAAUUCUGAAGGAAUUUAACCAGCUCAGUUGACCAAGAAAUGUAUGGCAUCUCUAGUUAAUUUUUUUUUUUCAAUAAGGAAAGACACCUUUAGUUCUCAUAGCACUUUUAACAUAAAAGGAAAAUGUACAACUUUUCAAAGAUGCCAAGUAAAUGAGAGAGAAGAAAGCUGCUUUCAGGUAAAGUAAAUACACAUGCAUAAAAUAAGUGCCAUCUUUGCUUUCCGAUGCCAGAGCAAGAACUCCAAUGAAAUGGGGUGGGUUGUAUGUCUUUAAAAUGUGAGUGACCUCAGCUCCAACAGUGUGCACACUGUUGCUGUUCAGAACUACUGAUAGAUAACAUGUUAGGAUGUUUUUUACUGCUAUUUUGUUUACUACUAAAGAGUUGGAGUGAUAUUAAAGACUAACUAAAAUACAAGUUUAUUUCUGUAUUUAAUUCAUAAGGCUUGUCCUCAGGGGAUAUGGGAGGGCCGCUGGUUCCAUGAAGGGUUGCCUUGGAAUAGAUAGGCAUGGCAAUGCUGAUUCCUGUCAUUGAAAGCUGACACUUUUUAUUUUAAAAAUUAAACAAAACAAAAAAUUUAACUAAAUACUGUAACUAAUUCCUAGUUAGUACUGAGUGCUCCAUCGGCUCUCUUCCUUAGUGAGAGCCCACCCUGGAUACAAGGAGAAGAAAAGAGGUUGGAACAGGAAGGUCAUCCCACCUCCUCCUUGGAUUUAUAUGCGAAUCAAAGCCAGAAUAGAUGAAGUCACCUGUCCAGGGCCACCUGGACCAUAACUAAUUCCUGGUUAGUACUGAGUGUUCCAUCAGCUCUCUUCUUUAGUGAGAACCCACCCUGGAUACAAACAGGAGAUAAGAAGUUGGGGAAGGAAGGUCACCCCACCUCCUCCUUGGACUUAUAUGAGAACCAAAGGCAGGAGAGAUAAAGUCAUUUGUCCAGGGCCACCUGGUUAACCAGGGGCAAUGCUGGGAUGAGGGCCACGGGUUCUUGCCUCACAGGUAAGAGUUUUUUGCACUCAGCGUACCGCCUGUAAAACCAUCAUAAGCCCUGGAGAGACACUUUUCUGUUUCAUGUAAUUUAUCAAAGCACUUUUACUUGACCUCUCAUACUUUUUUCCCUUCUUCUUCAUUUUCAUCAAAAUAUUUGUCACUUACAUUGUGCCAGACAAUGUGCUAAAAAUGUUAAAUUCAUUAUCUCAUUUAAUCCUAUCACAACCCUGAGGGAGUAGGUAUUGAUAUAUCACCAUUAACAUUUCACAGAUCUCAAUCUAUGUCUAAUGUCACAGCCUAUACCCUUAACCACUAUACAAAGCUACUACUUAGUACUGAGUAUCUCUGUUUUAUCAAAUCAUAAGUUUACUGUGCAUUUAUCUGUGCCUCUUUUACUCUGAUGAUUUACUGAAUUUAAAACAAUUUGGUCUUUACUAGGUCAAGUCAUUCAGAAGAACUGAAACUGCAAUUGGGAUAUGCCACCACUAGGUGCCAUAUUUGUGUGUGUAUAUGUGUGUGUUUUCAUUAUUCUUUUUCAUCUGAGAGCCUGCUUAAUAAAAAUAAAUACACUUUU